CAACUAGGUCUAUUUUUAGAAACCUUCUGUUCUCCAUUGCGGACAACUCAACGUUAAGUAUCAGGCACCGUGUACAGGGCGAUGGCUCAGGGCACCUCCAGAGAUUGGGGCGGGAUGUUAAGUUUGGUGGAGAACAGGAAACAGAUCAACUACACAGAGACAUAGAGGAGAGUGAGGAAUAUGGUCGGACAUGGGACUUGGGGAGUGAAAGUAUUCCAGUUCCAAGGGCACCAAGACAUGAAGUGGAGGAACUGGUUUCAAACAAACCAAAUUCCUUUGUGGAAAUGAAUGAUCCAUUUGAGUUUGUAGAAGAGAAGGUUGAUACACCUUCUCAACCUGCACCACGCUAUGGACAUGCUGCUUGCAUAUAUCCUGGAGGUUUUGUAAUAUAUGGGGGAAAGCUAGCUAAUGGACAAUUCUCAGAUGAAUUGUGGUUUUACAAUGUGACGCAACGAACAUGGUCAUUGCGGGCAAUAUCAUCUGCUAUUCGACCUCCGAAGUUAACUAGACACACGCUGACACUCACUAGUGGGGAUGAAGGAUGGCUGUACCUGUUUGGAGGAAGCACUAUUGGAGGAGUGUUUUCAUCCAAGCUGUUCCGCAUACAACUCAGCCUUGGUCCCAAUGGCAACAUUCAUGAUGAAAGGUGGUCAGAAGUUCGACCUCGAGGUGGUAAAGAGCUGGAUGUGCGUAUUGUAGCACACUCAACAGUAUACCAUGCCAAGACUAACUCACUGUUGGUAUAUGGAGGCAUUGUUGCAGGAGUAGCUCGUUUCUCAAAAUUGAGUGACCGCAUGUUCUCAUUUCAAUUGGACAGCAGACACUGGUCAGAGAUACAUUAUCCUCGCUCACACCUACAGGACAUGCAUGUUCCCAGAGAGAGAGCAUUUCACACCAGCACUAUCAUAGGAAAUUAUUUGGUUGUAUUUGGUGGCUACUCUCAUCGCCAUAACAAGGAAGAGAUCUGUUACGACAACCAGUUAUACUUGUACCACUUGGGCUGCCACACCUGGGUUAGCCAUGAAAUUCUUGGCAACACUGAAAAGGUUUCACGUUAUCCAAAGCAACAAGGCGUGUUUGCACAUGCAGCUGAUGUACGUAAUGGUAACACAUUAAUUAUAGUUGGUGGGUACCAUGGAAAUGUGAAUGCUGACCUCCUAGCAUACACUUUGCCACCAAUGUUAGCCAGCAGGGAAGGAGAGACAUUUGAGCCAGAGCAAGUUUGCAGCAGGUACCGCAACAAAGUAGAGUGCACAUCAAAUCCAGAGUGUGGGUGGUGUUCUGCAGAUGAGGUGUGUUAUGGCCGCACUGUUGGGAUCAACUGUACUACAAACCUACAGACAACACGAUGCCCUGGAAUUUGUCCAGCUCUUGGUGACUGUCAUUCAUGUCUGAUUCACGGCAAUGCUUCAGGUGGUUCGUUGUCUGUGUCUGGUUCAGGUGAUGGGGUGGCUGGGCAGAUUUCAUCAGUGGCUCAUAAGUUAAGGCUGGACCAGUGCACUUGGUGUGUUCAGAAUGCUCGCUGUCAUCACAAGGAUGAUAACUUUGGAGUGUGUGGUCUGCGAGAGGACACACCAUCGCAGGUUCCAGGAUGGUGGGGGUUGAAAGGCACGGAGGUAGUGCAGGUUGAAGAGUGCCGUGAGUUGGACCGCAGACCAGGCCUCACAUUCCUCAAGUACAAGAAUCCUGCUAACUGGUCUCACCCAGAUUCAGUUACAAUAAUCAAUGCAACAACAGUGGAUUUUAAUAUGUUGAGCCUGUCCACGCGUACUGAGCAAGCGCUGGGAGGAGGGAUUAUUGCACGUCUCCUUGGAUUCUUGAGGCCUCCUGAGAGUUGGGGUAAUGAUGAGAUGUUGCGUGUGUGUGCUAGUUAUUCAGUUGCUCUUCUCAACAUGUCUCAUGACGCAGAGUAUGGGAAACUGCAGAUGGUUGCUAACUUGACAGCGGAGAUGUCACAGUGUGUAAUAGCCCAUUGGCCGUCUGGCAAACCAGUUACGCUCACACCAGGCCGAUACUUGGUGGACUUUGAAUCUCGUACCACAAGAGGCCCAUAUGCCCCACAUCACCAGUGCAAGAUGGAGCUUCAUCACAACAAGAGCUCUGAGAAUGCCAAGGUGUUUACAUUUGAAUACCUAGAACCAUAUGAGAAUGGAUCAUGCCAUCAGUACACAAACUGCCUACACUGUUUGACUGAUUCACUGUGUGGCUGGUGUGAUUUGAACCAACGCUGUUAUUCACGCCAUCUUGAUGAAAUGGAAGUGUGCACUGCAGGAUCAGACACAGAUGAGUGGCAUUACUUCACAUUGCUCCCAUUCAGUUGUGCUAAUUGCUCCAACUACAUUAGUUGUGAGAGCUGUGUUAGCAGUGGUCUCUGUGAGUGGUGGACUGAAGAUGCUCGCUGUGCCAGAAGGGGGAGGUCACAAAAUGCUGUUGUGGAACUUUCCCAGUGCCCAGUACCUUGCUAUCAGCGUGAUAACUGCUCUCAGUGUCUUUAUGACAGAGGUCGAUGCGUUUGGUGUGAAGCAACACAGGAAUGUUUUUCAUUCUCUGUAUAUACAUCUGAAUAUCAGUUUGGAUUGUGUCGUGAGUGGAUGGACCAGGCUAAUACUCAUCAGCAGCAACUUGGAUUCAGUGCAUCUAACAAGUCUGGCCUUAUGCAAGUCAGCCAGCAGUGUAAAUCAUGUAGCCGCCAUGCCAAUUGCUCAAGUUGCUUGCAGAAUCUAGGUUGUGGCUGGUGUUACAGUGUUGAGAACCCCAUCCUUGGUCUCUGCGUGGAAGGCGAUUUUAACCACCCACGAAUUGAUUCGUGUACUCAGAUGAUAAAUGACCAUCAUAACUUAACACUGUUGGCAUCAGAAACAAGUUGGUCUUAUGCGCAAUGUCCUGAUGUUGAUGAAUGUGAUCUUGGUCUACAUGACUGCCAUCCUGAGGCUGUUUGUACAAACACUCAUGGUUCCUAUAGCUGCCAGUGUAAGCGUGGCUUUAUUGGUGAUGGAAAGAUAACUUGCACCAAAACGUGUUAUGACAAGUGUAUCCAUGGCUAUUGUUUGGGUUCACCUGACUAUGCCUGCAAGUGUGAUCUUGGGUGGACAGGUGUAGACUGCGGGACCAACUGUGGUUGUCAUAACCACUCCACUUGUACUCAGGGUGUAGGUAUCUGUGAUGAGUGUCAGAACUGGGCCACAGGAAAAUACUGUCAAUACUGUAGACCUGGCAGCUAUGGGAAUGCUACAUCUGGUCGAGGUUGUCACGUUUGCAACUGUAAUGGACAUGGCAAUGAAGCAAAAGGCAUCUGUGACUUGCAGUCUGGAGUAUGUUUCUGCCAAGAUAAUACAGAGGGAGACACAUGCAACAGGUGCAAGAAGGGCUAUUAUGGAGAUCCCAGGAAUGGUGGCACAUGUUAUUAUCAGUGUGUGUCACGAGGAAUGUUGUCAGGUCUGGAACCACAGGGUCUUGGUAGCCGCUUAGGUCAGCUGACACCAUGGGAGUCUCGCCUUGGUGCUCCACCCACAAGGGAGUGUUUGUGGAUUGUAACACCUUAUGAUAUAUAUAACAAAUCCAUUCCACAUGAUUGUACUAUUCAAUUUACAAUCCAUGAGGACAUCAACAUCACCUGCCAAGAGAACAGUGUUUAUGUGUAUGAUGGGCUGCCAGAUUUUGUGUCAGCUACAAAUAGCCACCAGAGUCAUGUGUUGGGUGUGUUCUGCAGUGUGGACGCCACUUACCCAGUGACUGUGGAAGCCAAGUCUGGUGUUCUAACUGUAUACUACAAACAAGGAGAUCUGUCUGAGGGUUUCAAUGCAAGUUAUAAAGUUCUAAGUUGCCCAGAAAAUUGCCCAGCUAACCAUGCUUGUCGUAGUGGGCAGUGUAUAUGUGCAGAUGGCUGGACAGGGACCAAUUGCUCCAUUGAAAUGUGCCCUAACAACUGUAGCAGCGACAAGAAACAAGGAUUGUGUGACAAAAAAUAUGGCCGCUGUCUCUGUUCCUCUGGAUUUGGUGGUGAGGACUGUUCAGUGACUCUACACGGUUCACAGCUGGUAUUUACCCAGCUUUUUGAUGCAGCUCGACUCCCCACUGACAGUCAGGUUGACCAUCUACGCAAACAAUUGCCCCGCUUCGGUCACAGCCUAGUUGUUGACACCCGUGGCUCACUCUGGAUGUUUGGAGGUUUCUCUUUAACAAAUGGACCUCUGAAUGACAUCCGACUUUUUGACACAAAGAAUGGCUCUUGGAUGCCGGUCACAGUGGACUCAACAGGAAGCAUGCCCCAGGUUCGCUACUUUCAUGCAGCAGAGAUAGUUAAUUCUCGCCGAGAAAUCUAUGUAUAUGGUGGUCUUUCUCAAAUUUGUCAUGGAGAUGAUAAGUGCACCUCACAGAGGGAGGAGAUUGGUGGCCAGACAAACAAUACGCUUGAUGACUUCUGGAAGUUCAAUCAUAAGAAUCAAAAAUGGGUUGAAAUCAAGAAAAAGAAACGGCCACCUCCUCUGGCUGGGCACACACUGACUCUUCAUCGAGGUGAUGAGUCAGAGAGCUUGGUGCUAAUUGGAGGAUUCAGUCCACGCUAUGGCUUCUUGGAAACUGUGUGGGAGUUUGAUUUGGAAAGAGAACUUUGGGAUAUUCUAAAUACUACAGGCAAUGACCCACUUGGUGUCUAUGGACAUAGCACUGUGUAUCAUGCCCCCUCCCAGAGCUUCUACGUGUUUGGGGGCUACAUGUAUGGCAUCAACCGGACCUUCAUCUCCAACAAGCUGUAUGCGUUUCAUUAUCCGACUCGUUUCUGGUCCAUUCUGCCCACAUUUGAAGAGUACAAUCCCCCAAGACUUCAUCUGCCUGAAGCUCGAUACUUACAUUCUGCUAUAACAACUGAUGACUACAUGCUUGUAUUCGGUGGACGAUCCCAUUACAACACAUCAAAUUCCCUCAUUGCAUAUACAUACUCCUGCAAUCAGUGGCUGAGGCUUCUUACAAAUGAUGUGGAGAUUGUUGGCUCACCUCCUCCUCCUACAUAUGCUCAUGCUAUGACACUAGACAUGGAGACAGGAGCUAUAUUUGUGAUUGGUGGCUUUGAUGGUGGGAUUCAGAGCCACGUGAUGCGCAUUGUAUUGCCAAAGGACUUGUGCCGACUGUGGAAGGGCAAGAAUAAGUGUCGUAAGUUCCUGGGGUGCAAUCACUGUGACAUUAUGACAGAGCGUGGAGAGAACAGUACACUCUGCUACUCUAACUUGAGGACACAUGAAGAGAGUUGUGACCUACGUGACCACAAUGCUACACAAGUUAGCAUAAAUAAUGGUGUGGUGUGUGAUGCUAAGUGGUUGUCAAAAAGGAACUGUGCACAGUAUACAACAUGUACAGAAUGUUUGGCAAAAUGGCCCACUCACAUUAAUGAAGUACAGGUAUGUAAGUGGUGCUCAAAUUGUGCACGAGGCCGCUGCAUCCCCGAGGACAGUGAGUGUGAACGUGAGAACAAGUGUGGUGUUCGCCAGAGAACAGUGUCAGAUGUGAGUCAGUGUACUGAGAGACAGUGCCCUGCAUCAGACUGUGACAAAUGUGUGGGUCUUGGCUCUUGUGUGUGGACACGUCAGGUUCUCCUCAGUCCUGAAUUUUUGAAGAUAGUAACUGGUGAGCCAAUCUACGACUGGAACUGUGUCAGCAGUGAGAUCUCCGAACGAUCCAGCAUCGAGAUCAAGUCAGCUCAAGUUUGUCCAGAUCGUUGCAGUAUGAACCUAGAUUGCCAGAGCUGUCUGCUGGCUCCAGGAGCUGAAGGUGGCUGGCAUGAGUGCCGCUGGUCCAUUCAGCUUGGAGAGUGUAUAUCACCAAGUUAUCAGCCUCUUUAUUGUACUGGUGGAGUGUGUGGCUUGGUUCUGCGGGGUGGCAACACUGAACACUGUCCUGAACGCUGUUCCACAUAUAAGCAGUGUUCUACUUGUCUUCGACAUGCUCAUUGUGGUUGGUGUUCCCUUGAUGUGGAAAACAAUACAGGACAAGGAGUGUGCACAGAGGGAUCCCUUGACAGCCCUUCUAAUGGCCCAGCACACUCAACAUGUGAUGCUCUCUACUUCCAGGAGAUGGCUGCAACAGGUAAUACAUCUGUAAAUAACUCAAGUUGGAAUGCUGCAAGCCGUAGGGAUUCAAAUGUAGCUUUUCCCACAUUUUCAUGGCAUUAUGUGCAAUGCCCACCAGAAAAUGAGUGUGUCAACAAUCAUCAUACCUGUGAUAACAAAUCUGAGCAGUGUGUGGAUCUUCUAAAUGGAUUUAAGUGUGUCUGUGGCCAGGGCUAUAAAUCUGAGAAGUCUGCGUGUGUGCCGGUGUGUACACAGGGGUGUGUGCGUGGUGUUUGUGUGGAGCCUGAUGUUUGCCGCUGUGACUUUAGUUAUGUGGGAGCAAACUGUAGCAUUCAGUGCCAAUGUAACAACCAUGCUGACUGUGCUGGUCCAGACAAACUGGAUCAGUGUUUGGAGUGUCAUAACUACACAAUGGGUCCUCAGUGUGAAAAAUGCCUACCACUGUAUGUGGGAGAUCCCACUAACAAUGGUCAAUGUGUAUCCUGCCUUGACUACUGUAAUGGUCAUACACCUAUCUGUAUCAAUAGCACUGCUUCAUCUCUGCCGUUCCUGUUAGAAGGAACAGAUGACACAUUGGCAGUUCUUUCAAUUGACGAACUUGAGAAACUGAUUCAAGAGGGACCAACAAGGGAUGCUCAUUGUAUUGCCUGUGGCAGCUUCACUGCUGGUGAUAAAUGUGAAGAAUGCAUUGCGGGCAACUUCCGUGGCUCUGAGGACCAUCGUGCUCCAUGCCGUCCGUGUGAAUGCCAUGGACAUGGGGAUCAAUGUGACCCAGUGACAGGAGAAAAGUGUAACUGCCAGAAUAAUACAGAGAGUGAUGCCACUUGUAACAAUAACAAGAAUGCAAACCAAUGCUGGAAGUCUCAGUGUUCUAAGUGCCGUGACUUUUACAUGGGCAAUCCCACUGAUGGUCAUCAGUGCUAUCGCCAGAUGUCGUUUGACAGCAAGUUCUGCUUUGAUGCCAAAGAACUGGAGGAAUGUAAAAUGAAACCAAAGCCUUUGCAUCCUGGACAAACUGUGUUCUUCGUUGUGCAGCCUCGGUUCAUGAAUGUGGAUAUCCGUGUUAUUGUGGAUGUGACUCAGGGAGCCCUGGACUUGUACAUGAGUCCGUCUGAUGAUACCUUUGUUGUUAAUGUAAACUCUAGUACUGGAGCUCAUACGGUGGAGAUAGACCCCAAAUUCCAUUGGCGAGAAGAAGAGUAUAAAGACAUGUCAGGUGGCUCACACAGAAGGCUCAGUGUUGUAGAAGUCAGUGCUGGGAGUGAUGAUUUUGCUGCCAAUGGUUCCACAACCCGAACCACCAGUGCUGAUUAUAUGAAGCCAAAUGUAUAUAUGGUGAAGGAUCGAGAAGCCCAUGGUCUCACAACGUUUGUGACCAUCACCCAAAAAAAUACUUUCUUGAUAGUGCGAAACCUGAAGAACCGUCUUGUGUUGACUCUCCCACAAGAUCGCCAUGACUUGGGCUCCACAAAAUUCUACCUUGCUCUAACAGCAGUGUUACCAACCCCACAAAAUGGAGAUACUUCAUCUCGUCCUAGUUAUGGGAUAAUAUUUUUCCGACAGGAUCAACUUCACAUUGACCUUUUUGUAUUCUUCUCUGUCUUCUUCUCUUGCUUUUUCUUGUUUCUGGCUGCAUGUGUUGUGGCAUGGAAAGCCAAACAGGCAGCAGAUGUGCGUCAUGCAAGGCAUCUCCAUGUCGUGGAGAUGCUUCACAUGGCCAAACGUCCAUUUGCCACAGUGACACUAUUGCUGGAUUUUUCUCGUGAUUCUGAUGAUCCGUCUGGCUCCCUAUCUUCCACUGCCAGCACAUCUCAGUCUCCACACAGGAAGAAGCAGCGUAAACAGCAGUCUGUAGGUGACAUCCGACCUGUUGCUGUGGAACCCACAGAUGAUGGGGUUGCUGCAGUUGGUACGGUGUUUGUGCGUCUUCCUGGUGGCAGAGAAGCUCCAGUCCGUCUGGCACUUGCAUCCUCUCUGAUUCUCCUAGCUAGGGUUUAUCCUUUGAAUGGAAGGGCUUUCCUGAGGCGUAGGAGCAGCCAUGCCCCAUCAUAGUAUGUCUAAGAAUUUGCUCUGCUUUUAAAUAUCUUCUUCUGUAAGCUGUAAAUGGAGCAUUCUCACAGCAGUGAUAGUAUUUGAGGACAGUGUCCUUGACUCUUGUCAUUCUCGCACAAUGUGGAACGUUUUUUUAAUACGUGAAUAGUUGAUUAACAUGGAAGGUGAGUUUUGCACCUUCAUGCAAAUAUGUGAUCCAAACAUAACAUUCAAGAAACGAAUGUAGUUGGUGGGAUAUAUUCUACCAAGCUUAAGUACUCUAUUCUAUUGGAAUCCAAUAAUAAUGUCACUGAUAUUUUUUUACCCUAGCUACUUUUAAUAUUGUGGGGAAUCUUUUAGUUCUGUACAUAAGUGUUUUCCUGUGAUUGUGAAUUUUGUCCAGGGACUGUAUUGAGAACAGUCUGUUAUAUUAUAUGGAAGCUGCUCUUAAUCCCAUCACCUCGCAUGUCUUGUUUUGCAACAGGAAUACGCUUGUCAUCUGCUUGGAUGGUGAGUAAUAGCAUCCAGUAUCCUGUACUGAUAUUUUAUAUUUUUAUUUGUACUGAGGAGUAUACAGAUUUAAAGUGCACACAUGGUUCAUGGAGGAAGAAAAAAAUUGUGUUUAUUAAUUGAUCUGAUUUUUUUAAGGCUUUGGUAGUGUAGCACUGCAUAACUAAUUUAAACCACUUGUACAAUUAGGUUGGUGGGUGAGUGCUGAUCAGAUUACGGUCAUAGCUCAUGUUCUACCAAACUAGCUGUGCUGUAGCAUCCCAGUCUUUUAUAAGGUGCUAAAAAGCAGAUAAUUUAUGUAUAUAAAAUGUACCACAUUAUAAACUUGUUACAAUAUACUGUGCUUAUCUGAAUCUAAAACAAGAAUUUGAAAUUAUCUGCUAAAAUAAAAUGUUUAAAUGUGUGCAUAGUAACAGUUAAAACUCUUCACAGCUUCAGAGUUUUUCAUUCAUUCUGCUUUAUUUUGUAUUCAUUCUCACCCUCCUUCACAGAUACUUCCAGUGCUGUAGAAAUACAACUUAAAAUCUACUAGCCACUUCAUAGAAUACUCACCUCAUCCACCCUGAUAUGUGUUCUGUGUAUAAGAUGUAAUACACCUAGAAUAAUACUUGCCACCAGCCUGUGCUAACUUGCUCAUGGCAAUUAGACCUUGGAUUCUUGCACUAAAGUGGAUCAUUCUGUGGCAAAUCUGUAUUGUACUAAAACCUUUGACCUUAGCUGGAUAUUCUAGUGUGUGAAUUUAAAACAUUUAUCAGUUUCAUAGAUGAUAAUGUAGGAAGAUUUCUUGUCAUAGGUUCAGAUAAAUGCAGUAACUGAGCAAUGAAAUGUACAAAUUUAGGAGGUGACUGUUGUGUUGAGAUUAUGCUUGGGAUUAUUUGCAUUCUUGUUUUCAUGAAGGUUAGGUUUGUGUUUUGCAGGAAUAUUACGAAACACUGUGCAAUAACAGUGGUCUCUCUUUCCAACAGUGUAGUUAUUUUUAAAAUAAUUUCAGGAUAGCAUUCCCUGUUCUUGUAAAAGUUAAGCACUAAUAAUACCAAGAAUAUUAUUUAUCUGUUCCUCUUGUGCAUGUAGGUUUCAUGUUGCUGUACUAUAAAGUGAAUUAUAACAGAAACACAAGUUACUGGUUUAUCAUCAGCGUAACAAAACAGACUUCUCAUGUUACAUGCACUAUUCUUCAGAAACAGAAGGCAUAGGGUAACUAUUAGAACCAUCCAGUAUAUUAGAAGAAUGAAAUUUAUGAUAUUUUUAAGUGAAUAAGACAUAAUGGUUGUGAAAAUAUGUGUAUAUAGUGUGUAAUAUUCUCUCAAAGAAUUUAUUUUAUAGUAGAUAAUUUAAAAUGAAGAUGGAAUGUAUUGAUCAUCUUAAUGUUGUUCCCCAUUACAAGGCAAUUUGUAUAUUUUACUGGUUAGUGGUGGUCAGUGUUACCUGUAGCUGACAGCUGUUCUGUCCAUGUGAUGUAAAUUGUCAUGACAUAGCAGAGACUCUCCAUCACUUUUAGUUCUUAAAACCUGCUAAGUGUUUGCUGUGAUGGUUUCUGUUGUUAUAUGCAGAUGUUGCCUUGUAAUAGAUGAACUUGUAAAAUAUAUUGAAAAAGAGAAACAAAAAAGUUUACCUACAGUUUUUUAAGUUGAAUCUCUGUAAAGUUAUCAUGUUAAAGCUUGAAUAAUUGUAUCAUAUCAAUGUUUUAUACUUCAGGUACAUGAUUUGUUAAUGAGGUGGUGCAAGUAUGGUUUUAACUGAGCAUAAUAAUAUGGCACAAAUUAAUUUGUCCCAUGUGAAUCUGGCCCUGUUGCUGCAGUUUAAUGCAAUGAUCAGGACAGUCCAUUUGAAUGAUGUGUGUGAGUGUAUGUGUGUGAAUUUAGUUAAUUGCUUUGAAUAUGAAAUUUACAUCGGCAGCAGAUAUUUGAUAUUAUUAUAUAUAUAUCUGAAGCUGCGAGCUUCAUUUAGAAGAAAAUGAUUUGGAGAUACGAGAGAUGAAAUGACGAGCUUCUACUCAAUAAUAACAAUAAUCGAGCAUUUCUCCACACAGGUCUCAAGAGUCUUGGGUUUCAACAGUAACAGAUGUAGUAAUACAUUUUAAUGAUUCUGAAACAAAUUUGGCUUGUAACUGAUAUGAUUAUUAAACUUACAUUGUAUUUUAAAACCAGAAUUCUUCAUCAGACAUGUUAUGUUUUAACCUUUAUUAUAUGAGAAUAGGUCUUUAAAUGCUCCCUAUUACCAGGCUGGUGGCCAAAAUUUGGCUUGGGAAUUUAACUAGUAAUGGCAUUAUUAUGGAGAAAACGUCUUUCAUAUACGAAACUGUUUGUGCUAAAAUACUGUAGUGAGUUCUUUAAAGAAAAUACAUUGCCAGUUCUGUUGUGCUAUGUUUUAAUCAUUAAAGUAUAUAUCUCCAAAACAAGCUGUAGAUUUCUAAACUGAUUUAAAUACGGUAUAUAUAAAUCAAAAUGUACAGUACUUAUAUUUUAGUAAAUGUUUUUCUGCACACACUGACAGAAAGUUGGUUUUGAAUUUUGCUUCUAGCCCCUUUCUACGCAAAAGUAAAAUUUAAAAAAACCUGAAACUUCCCACUACAGCUACCUGUGAUUUCUUGUUCUUAGGUUUUCACAGCUUUGGUUCAUUGUGUAUCUUUGGCUUAUUGGACAUAUCUGCAUCAAAUGUUGAAAGUUUUCUGGCGUUUUGGCAAAAAUUUCAUUUUACAUCCUUACACACACAUUUGCCCUAAAGAUGGCAACUGCAUUGUUUGCCAAGAUGUUUGAUAAUUUUAAACAUUUUGUGCCGUUUAUCUCCAAAAUCAAAGCUUCUUGCUCUUCAAACACCGGGAAUUCAGAAUUUUCUGUACCCCUGAAACAUUAAUGGUUAUUUUCAAUAAUUUUAAAUACAAAUUCCAGGCAGCUUCGUCUUUCACGCUUAUUGGAAAGUGAGUAAUCAGAAUCUGAAAUAUGUGCUUUACAAUUACAAUUUGGAAAAAUCUUUAUUAUUUCAAGAAGUAAGUGUUGUAGCAGCUGUUUUAGUUUAAGAAUAAUGAGUAUUUCUUUAAUUUGUUAUCUUAAUUAGAGUUAAACUGAUUUUAUAUCUUAUUGGAACUAUGAUAUAUUUUUUAAAAUGUUAAUAUAUGCCAUAGUUGGAAUUCUUGCUGUAUGAGAAUUAAUGUUAUGGGAAAAGUGGUAGAAUGAUAUAAAUUCAUUCAAAUAAUAAUUCCAUUUCUUUGGUAUAAUGAACUUGUUCUUCAUCUCAUCUGUCUCCUGUUUUAUUUAAUUGUACUAAAAGAAUGGGUGUGUUUAGAUAUUAUGUACAGAUGUGAAUGUAUGUUGGUGGAGGUGUGUUCCACAAUUUUUUGUUGAAGGCUGUACAAUCCUUUAAAAGCUUGUGGUGAAAGGCAAACAAUACUCAUCUUAACUACAACCUGACAUUAAUGUAUGUGUCUGUGUAUUGCAGUUCCAUGUCACAUUAGCGAGUGGAAUUAAAUGAUUGCAUAGCUACUUGCAUCAUACUCCAUCAUUUUCUUAUAUUUUAAUCAAAAUUAUAAAUACUGUAUUUCAUCACAUUAUCCUCAGCUAUUCAUUGUUUUGGGAUGAAGUAACUCUGGUUUGUGAUUUACGUAAGAUCUUAUGAAGAUUGUCUUGGAAGAUACUGGACACUUGAUCUGUCACUAAGAUAUUUUCUUUAAAAGAAUAAAAAACCAAAAAAGGGUAGACCUUAAA